GAAUUCUGGGAGACGUCUCAGUUUUUGUCGAAAUAGUAUCUCUACAUUGACAGCUUGUGUUUUACCGAAUCCCCUGGACUCGUCAGAAUCUUCCAUACUCAAAGAUGUCAGUGUCACACCCAGAAUGGGGUCAAGAAACCGGAGGCCUCGAGGUUGCUAAGGCGCUCGCCGAGCGCAUCAAGGGGAGGAAAGCUGUAGUCUUGAUCACAGGCGUCAGUCCAGAGUCAAUCGGAUCCUCCACCGCGCAGGCCAUUGCAUCACAAUCCCCUGCUCUUCUCAUUCUGGCAUCUCGUACGCAAGCCAAGCUGGACCAAGUCGCCGAAAAGCUCAGAGACGCAUAUCCCGCCGUGGCCGUCCGCACCGUUGCCCUAGAUCUCGGAUCGCAAGAAGCCGUAAGAAAGGCUGCGGCUCAAGUGUCAGAGAUCACUGAUCGUCUUGACAUCCUCAUCAACAAUGCUGGCUUGAUGACCUCGACGUUGCAACAUACGGCCGAAGGCAUCGAAGCCCAGUUUGGGAGCAAUCACAUAGGCCACUUCCUGUUUACCAAUCUGCUUCUUCCCCUGUUGCUGAAGUCGGCAAAGUCAAGCCCGCCAGGAGCCACUCGCGUGAUCAACCUGACAAGUCUGGGACACCGUCUUAGCCCCAUUCGGUUCCAUGAUUACAACUUCGAAGGGAAGCCGAUUCCAGAUGAAGAGAAGCCGCCGGCGGACAUACCAGACAUGUUCAAAGGCAAGGAGGGGGAGCCAUACAAUGGGUACAUAUCGUAUGGCCAGUCAAAAACCGCAAAUGUGCUCUUCUCGGUUGGUUUAAACCAGCGGUUAAAGAAGGAUGGAAUCGUGAGUUAUGCGGUACACCCGGGCUGUAAGUCCAGAGAUCUCGACCCGGAUGGCGAGAGCACAAUGCGUAAAACGAGUCCAUUCUGGAAGAAUCAUGAUCAGGGAGCUGCGACCACCUUGGUUGCAGCAUUUGAUCCGCAGCUUGACGAGCCGAAAGCUGUGUUCCUGCACAACUGUCAAUACUGGGAGGCGACAGCACCGCAUGCCACGGACCCGCAAAUAGCAGAGAAGUUAUGGGCGCUUAGCUCAAAGCUGGUGGGAGGGGAGCCCAGGCUAUGA